UUGAAGCACAUGGUCCCCACUCAUAAGACAACACUUCUCACCAGUAAUUGCCCUGGAAUUGAUGUCAUUCCAGUGGGCGACUGACACAGCAGCGGCUUGUGCGUUUCUUAAUGUUUCCACCGCUCGCGCUCCAUUUCCCUCACUUUCCACGCGAGUCAUCUGUGGACUCGGACUGUGUGUGAAUGGGGAAAGUGCGCCGCGGAGUUGAAUCAGCUGUCCUCGGGAUUUCCUAAGGCACCCGCUCGUAUACUUGAUCAUAUUUCAGGAAGUCGUUUUGUUUUUUUUUGGAGGGGGUGCUCUCUCGCACAUCAGCUGUUGUUGGAGUUGGAUUGUAUGAUGCUGCAGUGAAACAGUUGGCCAGUCCCGUCCACGCUUCAGCUGGGCAUCAUGAGCCGGAGUCUGAAGUUUGUGAUUUUGACAGCACUUCAGGCUUUAUCUGUCUGUGUCUCGGUGUGUGACAGUGUGCUCUCCAGAUCUGCUCAAGGGAAUCUUUUGAGCACGACUGUUCAGCACAGACCAACAGCAAAGCAGAAACACUAUGGGACCACAGUACCUCUUCAGCUUGUUGGACAAGACUGGAAACCCAUCAGCCAGCUCAAACCCGAGAGUCAUCCUGCAUCACUGAAGCUCCUGAUUGAAGCGGAAGGUGAGCAGCUGCUCCUGGCUCUGGAGAAAAACGAGGGGCUGUUUGCAAGUAACUAUACAGAAACCCAUUACCUGGAAGAUGGCAUUGCGGUCACAGGCUCUCACAACUUCACGGCAAACUGCUACUACCACGGUGAGGUGGAGGGCCAUGUCAACUCGGAUGUCAGCCUCAGUACCUGUGCUGGUAUUAAGGGCUUCAUAACUCUUGAAGGCAAAUCCUAUGUACUGGAACCAUCUGCUGAUCACUCCGAUGGGACUCACUGGAUCUACACAGCUGAACACCUCAAUUUUGCUCCUGGCACCUGUGGCCAUGAUUUCAACAUAUCCUAUCCCAUUGAACAUGCAGACGGCAGUCCGUUCAGGGCUUUCAGCACAAGGCAUAAGCGCCACGCUCAGUCUACGACCAAGUACGUGGAGCUGAUCAUCGUGGCUGACAACAGAGAGUUUCAGAAGCAAGGCAAGGACAUGGAGAAGGUCAAGCAGCGGCUGGCUGAGAUCGCCAAUUACGUGGACAAGUUCUACAGGGCUCUGAAUAUCCGUGUGGCCCUGGUGGGCCUGGAGGUGUGGAGUGAUGUAGACAAGUGCCCCAUCACCCAGGACCCCUUCACCACCUUGCAUGAGUUCCUAGACUGGAGGAAGGUGAAGCUGCUGCCUCAGAAGCCUCAUGACAACGCACAGCUUAUCAGUGGGGUCUACUUCCAGGGCACCACCAUUGGUAUGGCACCCAUCAUGAGCAUGUGCACAGCAGAGCAGUCGGGAGGAAUCGUCAUGGACCAUUCAGACAACCCCCUGGGCGCUGCAGUCACUCUGGCCCACGAGCUCGGACACAAUUUUGGAAUGAACCAUGACACCCCAGAGAGGGGGUGUGGCUGCAGGGUGACCGUGGAUCGUGGAGGCUGCAUCAUGACUCCCUCCACCGGGUACCCGUUCCCCACAGUGUUCAGCAGCUGCAGCAAGAAGGACCUGACGGCCAGUUUUGAAAAAGGCGUCGGGAUGUGUCUGUUCAACAUGCCCGAGGUCAAGGUGCUCUACGGUGGUCAAAAAUGUGGCAACGGCUAUGUGGAGGAGGGAGAGGAGUGUGACUGUGGAGAGCUUGAGGAAUGUAUGAAUCCCUGCUGCAAUGCUACUACCUGCACUCUGAAGGGGGAUGCUGUUUGUGCUCACGGACAGUGCUGCCAGGACUGUCAGCUGAAGCCUGCAGGCACUCCAUGCCGUGAAUCCAGUAACUCUUGCGACCUGCCUGAGUUCUGCACCGGCACCAGCCCCCACUGCCCCUCCAACGUCUACCUGCAUGACGGCCACGCCUGCCACAACGUGGACGGCUACUGUUACAACGGCAUCUGCCAGACUCACGAGCAGCAGUGCAUCACACUGUGGGGCCAAGGAGCAAAGCCAGCUCCGGGCAUAUGCUUCGAAAGGGUCAACUCAGCAGGGGACCCCUAUGGCAACUGUGGCAAGGACUCCAAAGGCUCCUUUGCCAAAUGUGAAGCACGAGAUGCUAAAUGUGGCAAAAUCCAGUGUCAAGGAGGAGCUAACCGCCCAGUAAUUGGCACCAACGCUGUUUCCAUAGAGACGAACAUCCCCAUGCAGGAUGGAGGGAGGAUACUGUGCAGAGGCACGCAUGUCUACUUGGGUGAUGACAUGCCCGACCCCGGCUUGGUCCUGACGGGGACCAAGUGUGGAGAUGGACUGAUGUGUCUGAAUCGUCAGUGCCAGAACGUCAGUGUCUUUGGUGUGCAUGAGUGCUCGGCCAAGUGCAGCGGUCGAGGGGUGUGCAACAACAAUAAGAACUGUCACUGCGAGGCUCACUGGGCGCCUCCCUUCUGUGACAAGGCAGGUUUUGGCGGCAGUGUGGACAGUGGCCCCAUCAGAUUAGCAAACAGUGGGACUCUGACAGUGGGCAUCCUGGUGGCUCUCCUCAUUGUCCUGGGAGCUGGUGUGAUUAUCUUCAUUAAGAGGAAAACUCUCCGGGGACUGCUCUUCACCAGCAAAAAGAACCCGAUUGAGAAGCCCAGAUCAGUAAGCGCUACAAUCAGCGGACCAUCCACUCUGAGCCAGCCUCUGUCGCUGACCACGACAUCUCCAUCACGGCCGGCCCCGCCUCUGCCACAGAGCGCCGCCAUCUUCAAGCCUCCUCACCGGGGGCCAGAGGCGGCGCUCCCACCGGCCCCUUACCCCUCCCACAGCCUGCGCAGACUGCCCCAGUGCCCUCCAGUUCACCUCAGCCACCCUGUCCCUCUGUCCCUCACCCUGUCCCUCUCCCCCGGCCCUGGGCUGCCAAGACCCCCGUUGCCUCCACCUCACAUCCACGUCGCAUCAAGAGGGGCGUCGUUUCGCACUGCAUCGCGCCAUAACUCCUGCAGGAUGGUCAUGGAGUUGGAGAAGCCCAGUCCUCCUCAGAAACCCCUUCCUGCUGAUCCAAGGACCUCUCGUCUGGUUCGAAGCCCCUCUGCUAUGCCGAUACCUGGUGUACCCAGACCUAUGCGCCCUGUCCCACACCCCAACAGACCCAGUCCCAAGCAACCUCCAACACUACCAAAGCCUUGCAUUAUUGCCAAUGUCAAAUACAGCAGCUGAGACUUUGGCCAGAAGGGACGAUGUUGCGAUAAGACACUAAAGAAUUUGCACUAUGAAAACUCUGAAAACCUUAAAGAAAAGGUGGCGGCUUCUCUGAGUUUUGAAUCAGGAGAUCUGCCGUGUCCCUUUGGUGCUCUGUCCCUGAAUGGUGCUACGAGUCUGAGCUCAGGUACAUGUAAAGUAUUUAUAUUCUGUAUUUAUUGCCACGCAGUGCACUGUGCCAGACACUUUUACUACACGGUAGCAAUUUUUAAUUUGUCGUUUGCAUCGGUUUCACCAUUUUUUUUUUAAUCAUCAACUGAUUUUUAUCAAGGACGGCUGGCGAGAGAUUAAGAAAGCCAAUCUGUGAAAUUCUGAUUGUAAAAAUGUUUUUGUGAAAUGUGUUUAAAUGAAGGGAACCUUUUACAUUGUAGGUUUGUUCUGUAUGCGAAAGGAAGAGCUGAAAAAGAGUUUUGUGCAAUGACAGAUGAGUUUAGACAACACUUGUAGCCAAUCCCAAAACACCCCUUGCCCCCAACACUUAGUCCUUACCCCACCAUUUUGUGCAUUCACGUCCAGGGGUAGUAUCUUGUUGCAACAGAGGAGUAGGGUGAAGUAUUAAGGCCCGAACAUACUGGGGCGGAACGUAUGCGGAGCAGACUCCGCCGAGGUCCGCGUGGACUCAAAGCGGACGUCCGCAAGGCCUGUGCUCGCAAAGCUCAGAUUUUACGACCGCACGGACUCCGCUCCCUGCACCAGUGACUGCUCGGCGUGUAUUUUUCACAUCGCGGGGAUUUUUCACGGACAUUUUUACAGGAAACUACAAUGCAGAAGUGCACUCGAUUAUGAAAGCCUGAAUGACUGCGGACAUUCCUUGCGGAGUCCGCUCAGCUAAUAGUACGCCCGAGUAUGUUCGGGCCUUAAGUUGUACAUGGCCCUCCUAAGGGAGCAUUUUCAGAGGCACACUUCAAACCGAGUGUUGGGAGAUGGCUGCAUAAUCAACAAAAGAAACCCACAUUGUUAUUUUCUGUGUUAACCCUUUGAAACUGACUUGAUUUCUUUUAAAAACAUGGGUAGAAGGCAAUGAGCAACAAAAGACGAAGUGACCCAAAAAACUGGCGAAAGAUUGGUAAACAAAAAAAAAUUAAAAACAAAAAAAAUUGGCAAAAAAAAGAAGAAAGAAAGUUAAAAACAAAUAAACAAGAUGACCUGGAAAGUAUGCUUAAAAAUUAUAAUAAUUCUGUAACAUAAUUAUAAUAAUAAUUAUUAUUAUUAUAAAUAUUUUAACUUUUUUUUCCUAUUUUUUAAAAUAAUUUUCUAAACCCUUUUUUUUCUGCAAUUUGGUGGACAUUUCUUACCAAGUUGCUUUUUCCCCAUGUUUCUGAAAGAAAUUUCACCAAUUUGCUCAGCGUUCAACGGUUAAAAUAUUUGUAAUAGGUGUCACAAAGAAAGCAGCACAAGAAAAGGGAUGUUGCUCCAGGUUUCAAAGGGUUAAUAAAGAUUUCAAAAUGACAUUAACAGUUGUAUUAUCUUAGUUUUAAUGUAUUACAGUCAUUAUCUUUAUAACAAGCAUAGCAAAAAUGAAACAGCAAUGUCUCUGUAGCGAACUAGCUAGCUAGCUUAUGUUAAAUUGUUGUUGCUGAUUUGUGCAUGACAGCCACACAUUUUGACAUAUUUCAAUGUCGCAUCGCUCACACUUUGAUCGCACGUGAUGCCUGAAAUUAAACUUGAGUUCGGCAGUGAAGUUGCCACGCUUGUUACCGCUCCUGAAUAUCAGUGCAGACUGGCAGGGCAGGAGCACGGGUUGCUAACGUUAGCCUACAGAGCACAGUUAUUGGCCUGAUACUGACGCAGUGUUAUUUUUUAUUUCAUGACUUGUUAGAUUGAUUGAAGCUGAAACAAAAGUUAUGAACAUAUCGCCAGCAUCCUGACAACUGCAAAAGGGUGCAUAAAGCCCAUGCAAGAGAAAUCACCACUUCAGUAGACGCAUUCUCGCAAUGUUGCGUUCGUUAACGUAAAUGCUAGCAUCGACAACCACCAAUGAUAUAUCAGGGUCUUGAAGGGUUGUUCUACUUCAUAGGGUGAGAUUUCAACCGCUACCCCAUGUGAGUCUGUUCUGAGGGGCAAGGUGGCACUCAAAAACAAGGGGUAGGGAAAAAAAUAAGAAAUGGGAUUGGGCCUUGUAGUUAGUUUGGAACCUAGUAGGAUUUUUCUCAAAGGUAAACGCUGUCCGUCGCAGCUUUGAGCCAAUCUGAUGAGGCUUGAAACAACUGCAGAAAAAGUAACAGUAGUGUUACUGCAACAGUUCUGCAGUUGGGGAAGGUUGCUGUUUAAACAGACAGCUGCAAUUCAGGUCUGUUUCCUCUGCAUUUAUAUUUCGGAAAGGUACCAAGUCGAUUUGUGAAAUGUCAAUGAUUCGCCAUUUCCCUUUCAUUAACAAGACCCAAGAGGCUCACUUGAGGGAUCUGGGUACUGAGGUAUGAACUGAGCAUGGAUCUAAAAUGAGCCGAGAUCAAGGAAGCAUCCGUUCCUCGGAGAGAGUAAACGUCUCUGAAAUAUUGCUCUGCUAAAGGUCGUGUGUGUUUUUGAGUAUUUCCCCAUGUGCCUGUCUACACCGAGGACUCUGUGAUCUCUGUGAUUAAAUCACAGAAUCACUAAGGACUUUCUUAAAGCUGGCGUCAUGGAGGCACUCGCAUGUAAACAGCCAGUGUCUGGCUACAGUGUUCGUGUGUGGAUUUUGAAUCAUGUUUUUCUGUGAUGGGAAAAGGACAGACUCACUUGACAAGGACACAUUUCUAGAUCUCUUUCUGCCACUGAAAUGAAGUUUCAUCCACGACUAUGCGGCAGAUAUUCAUUUUCUAUUUUUUAUACCUUUUUAAUUUGGCUUUUGGGAUGAGUUUUUUAAACCCAAUCUACAUGCCAGAUGCUAAAUCCGACAUAAAUCAUAUUUGUGGUAACUGAACAGCAUUUUAUUAUUUUCUUUUUUGCAGAAUUAUCAUUUUACUGGAUUGCAAUGCAGCAUAUAUACAUUCACACAGCAUCUUUUCCUUUACAGCUCUUGUUCACAGAUAUGUAGGCUGAAAACUGACUUGUUACUUUUGAUACUGUUAUCUUUGUAAUGAUGCACUAGUUUUACAUUCAGUGCUUUGUUUACUUUGCUUUUUCAAUGCUACAUAUGUGUCCAUGUACUAAUAGACAGUGUUUGAGUCCUGUCACCUGACUGUACGUGAUGUCCAUAUGUUCCUCGUAUGUUGUGUUACAGGUGAACACAUCUCCAUGGAGAAUGCUUUUUUUAUAUAAUGAUUGUUUGAUACAUCAUAUGUAAAGAAAACACUUCAAGUGUCUGUGUCUGGUCUUGGUAUUUUUAACACUCAUGAAGUAUUAGUAAAACAGUUUUUCAAAC